AUGGUGGCAGAUACGCGGGGAUUGUGGGAGCUGUAUCCGCCAAUCUUCGAGCCCAAGAGGAAGUUGAAGGUCAUUUGUAUCGGAGCUGGAGCUUCGGGUCUCUUGGUGGCGUACAAACUGCAAAAGCACUUCAGUGAUUUUGAAUUGGCCGUUUACGAGAAGAACUCUGACAUCUCUGGAACAUGGUUUGAGAACCGCUAUCCUGGCUGCGCGUGUGAUGUCCCAUCCCACUGCUACACCUGGUCCUUCGAGCCCAAGACGGACUGGAGCGCCAACUAUGCCUCGUCGCGAGAGAUUCAUCAGUACUUCUCCGACUUCGCGACCAAGUAUAACCUGCGGCAAUACAUCAAGACCAACCAUCCCGUCGUCGGUGCCACCUGGAAAGAAGAUGUCGCGCAAUGGGAAGUCCAGGUGAAGAACGACGAAAGCGGAGAAGUCUUCACCACCUCCUGCCACGUGCUCAUCAACGCCGGCGGCAUCCUCAACGCCUGGAGAUAUCCGCCCAUUCCCGGCCUCCUGGACCGGUACAAGGGCACGGUGUGCCAUUCUGCGGCCUGGCCGGAAAACCUGGAGUACGAAGGCAAGGUCCUUGGUCUCAUCGGGAACGGGUCCUCCGGAAUCCAAAUCUUACCCAACACUGCGCCCAAGGUGCGGAAGCUCAAGACCUUUAUUCGCGAGGCCACCUGGGUAGCUCCCCCCAUCGGACAAGGGUUGCAGGUGUACAGCGCCGAAGACAAGGCUCGGUUUGCCACGGAUGCGGCGUACCACUUGAACACGAGGAAGGAGAUUGAGCGCCACAUGAAUGGCCAAUUCUCCGUUUUUCACGCCGGGUCCACCGCCCAGAAAUACGCCCGGGACCACAUGCUGGGUGAAAUGAAACGCAAGUUGAACAACCCGGAUCUCGAGAAGCUGCUGAUUCCGCCGUGGUCGGUGGGAUGUCGACGCAUCACCCCCGGGCCCAACUACCUCGAAAGCCUGGCCCGGGACAACGUGGAAGUCGUGUAUGGUGAGAUCACCCACAUCACCGAAAACGGUCCCGUCACGGAAGACGGGACGGAGCACCCAGUCGACAUCUUGGUCUGUGCUACUGGCUUCGACACAACAUUCAAGCCUCGCUUCCCGCUGAUCGGAGCCACGGGCGAAGAGCUGGCUGAAGUGUGGAAGCAGGAACCCAAGGCGUACCUCGGAGUGGCAGCUCCCCACUAUCCAAACUACUUCAUGACCCUGGGUCCCAACUGCCCGAUAGGCAACGGACCGGUGCUGAUCGCGAUCGAGGCUGAGGUGGACUAUAUCGUUAAGGUGCUCACCCGGUUCCAGAAGGAAAAUUUGAGGUCUUUUGACGUGCGGCCCGAACCAGUGGACGAUUUCAUCAAGUGGAAGGACGCCUUCAUGGAACGAACCAUCUGGAACGAAGAGUGUCGCUCGUGGUACAAAGCUGGCACUUCCGAGGGCAAAGUGGCAGCGCUGUGGCCGGGGUCGACGCUGCACUAUCUCGAGGCCAUUCGUGAUGUGAGGUGGGAAGACUUCGACAUCGUGCAUCAGCCGGGUCACAACCGCUGGGAGUUCUUGGGUAACGGCCACAGCUCAGCGGAGAAGAGGAACGGCGACACGGCAUAUUACAUCCGCAACCACGACGACGCGUUUGUUGAUCCGUGUGUGAACAGGACAUUGUACCUCGAAAAAUCAAGCACCUUUUUGCCAGAGCAGCCCACCGCCGAAGCAAGCCCUGAUCUCAGCAAUGGUGCUUUGGAGGCAGAGGCGAAGCACAUCGUUGCAGGGGCGUCUCUAGCUGCGGCUUGA